UGCAAUGCCCCCAUGUGAUCAAUUAUUUUGUGAAAAAGGACUUAGAGGAAGACGAAGCCAGGCGUUGCUCCAUGAUACGUGAUCAUGUAACAGGAUUCAGCACUAGAUUGUUUCUUAUCCACUGGGUACUGUUGUCACGCAUCUCAGGAGUGAAAAGACACCGCGAUGACGUCCAAUAUUCGACAAGUUCGGGGGAUUCUGACGAAACUUCAGGAGAAUUUUCAGUGUGUAAUUUGUCUGGAUUUGUUGUCCGAGCCCGUGUCCACAGCAUGUAAUCAUCAAUUUUGCCGCGGAUGCAUCACUCGCAUAGCUGCAAAGCGCAGUGCAUUAUGUCCUCUUUGCAAGCAGCCAUUAUCCAAACGAGGCCUCAAUCCAAACGAUCAUUUAGCGGAAAUUGUCGAUGGAGUCCGUCUGCUUGUUGAAGCAGCAACGAUGGAUACAAGUUCUCUGUGUACACCACCACUCCGUCUAUCGUCGCAAAGAAUCAGCAACACACCAGCGAUUGAGCAGUUCCGGCGCAUGUUCCCUAGCCCUGUGAAACGCAAGCAGUCCGACGUAGCAACGUCGGGUGAAUCGACUGGCGAGAGCGGCGUGGAGGAUGAGGUUCCAUAUCCUACUACUCCCCAGGGCCGCCAGCCAGUUGUAAAGCGUCACGCUUUUAGUACGUCAGCACUAGCAUCUGUCGCUCCAUCUGCAUCUCGCACUAGGACUCAGUCUGGCCCCCUGCCACUGGCUCGGGCUGGUCGUCAAAAUAGCAGGUCAACCGCAACUGCUCGUAAGACCAGCGCCAAACGGCGACCAGUCAAUGCUACUCCCUCUACUGAUCCAGUUACAAUAGAAGAUGAUGAGAACAAUGAUCCUCUCAGCUUUCCAAAGGAUGUCGAGGUGCAAUCCAGAGCCACAAGUAAAAGGGAGUCUCGACGUGCCCGUUCGCUCUCUACCCAAGCUAGUACAUCAAAUGUGCCUAGUUCUGGUGACGUCACAUCAAGCGCUGCAGUGUCCACAUCGAACACACUGUCAGCUCUUCAACCCAUCUCCGUGAACACACCACUCGACAACAGGCUGACACAAUCCGCUGGGAAAGCGAAGCGAGGUCAAGUUCCGUCGACGUGUGAGUACUGCGGCAAAGCAGUGGGAGUUCGGAGUUGGAUGCGUCACUUGACCGCCUGCCCAGUGUUGCUUGCCAUGCAGGCAUCUGCAAUGGAUGAUGAUGACAUGCCGAGCUCUAACACGCGUCGCUCUAGUCGAAACAAACCUGACAGUCAAGAAGGCAGUGCCUCGUCAGCAUCGACUAGCAGCAGAGCGAGUCGCCGACGAAUUAACCGCCCAUCGUCCACCGCCGUGUCCGCGACCACAAGUCCAGCACUGGAGAGAAGUGAACCAAGAUCAGCUGUGAAAGAGCCACCUGUUGAUGUCAGUGCGGAAGUAGCGGACGCUGAGCAGGUUGAAGCGGACCCUGUCACACCUGAAGCAGAGCUACAAAAGACAAGCAAUCUGAACCCAGAGCUUUCUUCACUGGAGGCAACGAGUCCAUUCCAUGCAUCUGUGCCUCAUACUGCAGAUGUAGCUCCAGCGUCGGAGAACCCACCUGGUUCAACUAUGUCACCAAUCAGCCAAGAACAGCACAGCUCAUGUCACGGCGUUAGCCAAGAACAGACCUCUGAGAAACAAGCUGGGUUGCCCACCGAUGGCCAUAGUGCGACUCAUUCUGCUGCUGCUGAUGCGAGCGAUAGCCGAGGUGACGAGCCGCAAACGUACGAAUUCUCACCGCCUGGAUUUGUCAUGUCCGGCGUGGCACCAUCAACUCCGUCACUGAACGCAUCUGGUGUGCAGCGUGCGCUGCGCCGUGCUCUUGUAUCCAGCGACAGUGAGCGAUCAGUUACAGCCAGCCCUGGGGAGUCUUCUCGCAGUCCACCAUCCCGUUUACCUACGUUGCCAUCUCUGCCUGAAGCACCGGUGUGUGAAGCAGCCAUUGCUGAACCACUGGUACAUCAAGACACACCCCAGAAGAAGGCAACAUCACGCCCAUCGUCGCAAUCUCGCCAACCUGAACCGUCACAACGCAACUCUCAGCGCACGAGUCAAGGCGCGGCAUCGAAUGCCAGCCGCAAUCCGUCAUCUCGCAGCGUUUCUCCGUUUGACAUUUGCAGUUUGUGUGGAUUAUCACCAGCUGAGUGCGGUGAUUGUUACCAGUGCACACAGAGCAUGAACAUUGUGACCGUGUCCAAGGGCAUCUUUGAGGACCCAGACGACUCACCCCAGUCCUGUCGUCCAAUUCCACGGCGACCAAGAACUCGCAGUAGCACCGGCGAUACAAAUGAGACGCAGGCGGUCAGUGAGCCGGCUGCUCUUCAGGCAAUUGACGGUCAGGCUAGUGCCUUCCCGACGAGUGCUGGUCCGGCCAGUGCUGUUGAGACCAGUACUGUCCAGACGAGUGCUGCUCAGACCAGUGCUGCUCAGGCCAGUGCUGUCCAGACCAAUGCUGUUGAGACCAAUACUGUCCAGGCUAGUGCUGUUCAGGCCAGUGCUGUACAGAUCAGUGCUCUUCAAGACAGUGCUGUUCAGGACAAUGCUAUCCAGACGAGUGCUGCUCAGGCCACUGCUGUUCAGGACAGUACUGUCCAGGCCACUGUUGUUCAGGACAGUGUUGUUCCGGCCAGUGCUGCUGGGCAGAUUGUGUGUGAAACCACACCACAGGAGAAUAGAAGCAGCACGGCUGAAACUGCCGACACUGUCAAUCAUCAAUCUAUUGAAGACUCUGUGCAGUUACAGCCCAGUGUUAGUCCUGCUACAGCUAGCAAUGACACAGUGACCGAGUCCUCCCGUGGCAACCACGCUUCUCCUAGCCGUGUGCCUGUAGAUGAUGAGGGCAGUAACACAGAGGAAGAGCACAACCUGUCAUCAUCUCUAUUGGAGUAUGCCUGUACGAAUAUGAGUGGCGAUGGUGGACUGCAAGUAGAGAGCAGUCCCCCUGCAUCGACCAAUGCCGAGAAUUCACAGCAUCCUUCACAGAAAAUCACGCCCCGUGACUCGCAGACAGCUUCCUGUGUCGAAAAGGCAGGUGAUGGCAAAGCAGCAGAGCAAAAUGAUGCUGUAGCGGCAGAGACAUCACAGCAAUCGCUUUCGGCUGGUAAGCCCCAUCCCACAACAACCACAUUGAUCACACAUGAGCUACCGUCAUCUAUGACAUCGCUGCCUGCCAGUGUGUCUCGUUUGGCUGACGAAGUCCAAGAGCUCUCCGAGAUCUUUAUGUUAGCCAGUUCACGGCAGGAAGAAACCGACGUGAGAUCAGGUCUGGACUCACUGAAGGCGAUAACUACCGAACAGUGCCCAUCCUUCAAACAGACAAUGCCAGUAAGCGAACCUGAGAAAUCGGUGACAGAUUUGGAUGAAACGAUGAGCACCAAACUUCUCUCUUGCAACGACACCCUUAUUCAUGAGGAUGCCCAGUCAGAACAAACAUCGAUCUCUGCUGUGAUGCUCACGUCAGCUGAUGAUGGUUCCAGUAUGUUGCACACGGAAAGGCCUGCAUCUCAGCCAGCUGCCAGUCCCAUCGCAGAUGUCUCAGCGUCUGUUGAUUGCGCUGAUGACGUUGAUGGUGUUGAUGGUGGUGAUGGUGGUGCGGCUGCCGGAAUAGGGACAUGUGAUGACUGCAUUGUUGAGUGUACUGAACUGGACGACCAUGCUGUGGGCGGUCUGACAAACACUGAGCCGUUGGAUACUGAUCUGGUCGCCAUGGCUAUGAUGGCCGAGGCUUCCACAUUGCCACCCCCGGAGCAAGACAAUCACAAUAAUAUGCUCCAGGGUGACUGUAAUGAUCAUGCACAUGUCACGGUGGACGAUGCCGAUGUCCAGCACGAAGAGGUGGUUGGUCUAGCCUGUGAAGAUGAUGUCACCACCGACACCGAUACUGAUGGAGUCGAAAGCUCCACCGAGGAUGACAUGAUCCCGCCAACACCGCCCACUGCCGUGGAAGAUGGAUAUGGCAACGGAGAUACUGCGGACGCUGUGUCUUCUCGCGUUACACCAACAGAUGAGAUGACUGGUGGUAAUGCGACCUCGGCUAAGCCAAAGUCUGCUGUCGCUACCGGCAAAGGAAAGCAAUCACUUCCAGCAUCAUUGAAAACAUUGCCAUCCUCGGAGAGUUAUUCUACACAGGAUGUGUCUCGCAUGCAAAAUGAACUUGACGACAUGAAGGGCGAAUUGGACUUCCUCAAUGCUGUCUUGGGCUCGGAAACCAGCACUGAUAACACUAUUCAAAAGUCUGACAACUCGUCAUCUCUUACAGCAGGAUCUCCAUUACAAGCAGUGCGUCGCACAGCUGGCCGGCGAAAGGCAACGCUUCUGUCGUGCACCCUCGCCCAGCAGAAGGCACUUAUGGCCGACCCACACCCACCUGUUGCCAACACGACGGAAGCGCCAGAGGACAAUCAGAUAGCUGAUCUCUCCGCCUCGUGUCUCCAGCAAGCUGUGGAGCCAACCCCGCCACCCGCUAGAUCUUGCAAGCCUAAUUCUUCAACUGCACGGAAGCCGAUAGCCAGAUCCCGCCAGGUCUCAGUAACAACGUGCCAAAAACAAGAUGACGUUGUCUGUGUGAAUGGUGAGGAGCCGCAGCAUGACUUGUCAGCCUCCUGCCUUGAACUGGCUGCUGCCAGUGGCCACAGUGUGGUGAGAGUAGCAUCACCAGUACCUGACAACCUUGCACAUGAUCUCUCCGCAUCAUGUCUGGAGCAAGCCACUUGUCUCUCCCUGGAUGGUGCAACACAAUCACAUUCAGUCACAGCAGAAGGUGUUCGCUCCAUUCCGUCCAGUCAGGCACAUGCUGAUGCAGACACAGGGCCCGUGGACCUGGACACUGACCAGUUUACUGCAUCUUGCCUGGCUGAGUGUGUCGAGGCUAGCAAUCCCUCUUCUUCGCUGCAGCAGCGUCGUUUACGCUCCAGGUCACCGGGCAGUCAAACAUCCAGUGGUCGACUUACGUCUGGCUAUGGUGCACAUCUUUCUGGAGCAGGGGUGAAUGAACUGAUGCCUGGUGAUGCAGGGGUGAAUGAACUGAUGCCUGGUGAUGAUAUACUUGCAGCUGAUAGUCAGCCUGCACAGAUACUGUCUACAGCCGCCGGUAAGAGAAAGUCACCCCCGGACUCUGAUGACUCCGAUGAUGAAGAAAUUGGAGUUAGGAAGAAGCGCCGGUCCAGCACUCGUGCUGCAGUGAUCGAUGAUGAUGAUGAGGAGGAGGAGGAUGAAGCUGAUGUUGAUUUCCCAGCCUCAGUAGAUCUAAGUCAUGCACUAUCGGAUGACAGCGAUGAUGAUUUAGUGUGCGUAUUACCGCCAGUAACCAGCAAACCCAAGGGUAACAAUGGCCGCUCUUCACAAACACCGUCCGUGUCCCGUUCACACUCCGCAAUGGCAGUGGAUGUGGAUGUGGACAUGGAGAACGAUAGUACUGGCGUUGGCAAGCGCCGGUGCACUACUCCGCCAGCCAAUGUUGCUUUUGUUGAUCUUGACGGACCUCUUGCAAGCCAGGACUCGCCUCUCCCCGCCUCUGUUGAUCUCACACUAUCCGCACCGACCAGUAAGCAUUCGACUCCACCGUCCGUUGGUCGCCUCUCAUCCUUUGAACCCACUCCACCCCCGGCUGAACUGGGUGAGUUUCCAACUCAUCUUCUCCAGUCCGUGCCUCCCACGUCAAAUAAAAAGACACCACUGCCUCGUGUUAGUGGUGAAGGUAGAGGACUAACUGCAAUGGCAUCCAUCAGUAGUAAAGCAGACUCAUCAAGCCUGGACAGUAUUGAAGGUAGCUUGCCCUCCGUCUUGCCCAAACCUAGAUCUCGGCAGACGCCGACUGUUGCCUCGAGAUCUACCGGCGCUGAAGUCACUAGACAGCGGGAAACGAGCAGAAAGAUCACAGCGCCCAGGUCAACCUCGCGUGUACCCAGCCCGUCGAGCAGUCCCACCAACAGUCCAUCGGGCCAGGAAUCAUCGCCACAGUCUGUCUACCAGAUGCUCAAUGUCAAACGCAAACGAUCGCUCGUCGGUAGCAGCCCUGACGCCGAUCACCGCCGUACUACUAGCAGUACUUCCAGCGUUGCUUUGGCUAACCGGCACUUGCCAUACCCGGCAACCUCUACGAGGGGCCACACUUCAUCGUCCCUGGCCACAAGUCGUGAUUCAGAGACUACACAAGGUGACGGUUGCUCCGAGACUCAGGACACCAGCCGUCACCCGACUGCAGCUUCUAAGUUGCGAAUUGCGGCCACCCCUCCAUGUGCUGUCACGCUUGCCAGUAGUGCAGCGCGACCGACUAGCAAAUCCAGCUCAGCAACAAAGUCUGUUACGUCUCCACCGGUACCGUGUGGAUCAGUAGCCAGACCGCUGAUUUCGCCACCUGCCAUCAGUACCAGCGCAGUGCCUACAUCGUCAUCGUCGACCACUGCUGAGCGAACUGGUGACUACGAUCUCGGAUUUACUGCAUCGGGGCGUGUAGCAGAAUCUUCAUACGCUGGCAAGGACGUAUCCCUUGUCCUUAGUACACCACCUACAACUCUUGUGUCACGUAUUCAUAUGCUCAAGCGGCGGCAUGGUCUACGCCUGGCGCACACGCUGAGUCGUUCCAGCACACAUGUUGUCUUUAACUCUGAUCACACCCGUGUGGUGCAGCAAAGUGUCAAGUAUUUCCAAGCAUUGGCAGCACGUACUUGGAUGGUCACUGUCAGUUGGUUGGAAGAAUGCUACAAUGCUGGAAAGCUUGUCAAUGAGGAGCUCCAUGAAGUGAUUGGUGAUCGUCAGGGGUUCAUGGGGGCGCCACGUAAGGCUCGCUUCUCUCGGCGCUUUGACGAGCCACCUCUCUUCCAUGAGUUUGCCAUCUUCCUUUCCGGACAGUUCUACGUCAUCGGCAAAGACAUCCUCGCUCAGAUUCUUCAGAUUGGAGGCGCACUUAUCCUUGAGUCAGCUCGUACAGCUUGUCCAAAGGAAAAGACACUCCUUGUUCUCUUUGAUCCCGAUGCUGGUGACCCGGAUGUUCCCAGUGACUUUGGUUACACCACUAUCCUGUCUGCUCAGUGGGUUUUAGACAGCCUAGCUUCUUAUCGGCUACUUCCAAUGGCAGACUUUGCUCCUUGCAUCAAUGCUGAGAUCGACGGAGGUACAGAUGUAUUGGCGGAUAUCUAUGACAGCUAAAAACUAUUAAUUUUGCUCAUUCAAAUUUACGUGCUACAGGGGGACUUCUGCAAGAGCCUGGAACUGAAAACUUUACUGUUCCAUGGAAACUCCACUAAUCCAAUCAUUUUUGACCAAUAUUUGUAUCCUUAUCCCUCAUCUGUACUGCUAUUUUUUUACUGUUUACGAAUGCUGUGCCAUCUGUGUGUUUAGUUGUACACUGUCAUGUAGGUCAUUCUUUUGUUCUCACCUGAUAUGGUCCGUUAGCUUUUCCAUUAUCUAGGUAGAACCGAUUCUGACUCAUUUAGUCCUCGGUUGGGCAAGUAGCCAUCUGUUUUUGCCGUAAGAAAAUAUUUUUUCACUAUAAGAAGCUCAAUAAGCACCUUAGGACAUCACACCAUUGAAUUUGCCUUGUGGUUUUGCAAACGCAGGCAAAAAUAAAAGUGAUGUAAGAUGUGUGUUA